UGUGUGUGUGUGUGUUGGGGGAGGAUGAAGGCUGUCAGACAGAGUCGUCCAGUGAGCUCACUCGGCUCUGUUCGAUGAAGAAGCUCAGUCCAGGCGGACGUGAGACGAAGAGGACGAUGGACGACGACCACGAGGAGACGAGGACGGAGACUUGUGACACACGAGGAUUCAUCAGAGUGGAAACAUCUACAGAGCUGCGUUAAUCCUCCGGGACGUCCCAGAUGAGACAUGACCGUCAUCACGUUCACCGUGUCCGUGCUCUCCCUCCUGCCGGCGGCGGCGUUGGCCCGGUGGGCGUGUGUCCGCGCCUGCCCUCCGUCCUGCUCCUGCACGCAGGAGAAGAGCUGCAGCGUCCUGUGCGACCGCUCGGGCCUGUCCGAGCUGCCCAGGGAGUUCCCCUGCGAGGCGUCGGCCAUCAACCUGGACAAGAACCGGCUCAAGUUCCUGUCGGAGCGAGCGUUCGGGACGCUGCCCUCCCUCCGCUCGCUGAGCCUGGACCACAACAACAUCUCCUUCAUCACGCCCGGAGCCUUCAAGGGCCUCUCCAACCUGCUGGACCUGAAGAUGGCUCACAACGAGUACAUCAGUUACCUUCACACUCGGACCUUCACGGGCCUGAAGAAGCUGGUGCGUCUGGACGUGUCCGACUGUAACCUCUUCAACAUCCCCGACCGGAUCUUCAUCGAGCAGCCGGCGCUGAAGGAGCUGCUCUGCUUCCAGAACAACUUCCGCCGGAUCCCGGGGGCGUUCAGGGGGAUGGAGAACCUGACGCACAUCUACCUGGAGAGGAACAAGGUGGAGGCCGUCGCCUACAACUCGCUGCUCGGCCUCGGGAGCCUCAGGUACCUGAACCUGCAGGAGAACCGGAUCAACGUGAUCCACGACCAGGCCUUCCAGGACCUGGUGCGUCUGGAGAACUUCUACAUGAACGACAACCUGCUGACCGACCUGCCCCGACUCGCCUUCAAGGGCCUGAGCCGCCUGAAGAUGCUCAACCUGGGCGGGAACCUGCUGACCAACGUGUCCCGGACCUGGUUCAGCGACCUGGUGGAGCUGGAGGUCCUGUACCUGGACCGGAACCAGCUGCUGCACAUCGAGGAGGGCGCCUUCGAGAACCUGACCAGCCUGAUCACGCUGCACCUGAACAGCAACAGCCUGAGCGGACUUCCCUUCCCCGUGUUCCAGCCCGUCUACUUCCUGGCUCGCCUCUACCUCUUCCGGAACCCGUGGGAGUGCGACUGCUCCCUGGAGUGGCUGAAGGAGUGGAUGGAGAGCUACAAGCUGGUGCGGGACGUCCCGUGCGCCUCGCCCUCCUCGGUGGCGGGCCUGGACCUCGGCGAGGUGGCGUUCGCCCGGGUGAACGGCUCGUGCGUGGACCCGGGGGAGUUGAACCUGACCACGGCGUCGCCGCCGGUCGCCUCCACCACGGAGAACCGCUUCAACAGCCUCAUCUCCAAGAUGCUGCAGCAGGAGCUCCGGGAGGAGAUGGGGAACGGGACCGAGAGCCUCCGCAACGGGACGCAGCUGGAGGCCGAGGAGGAGCAGCUCUCCGCCGGGUCGCGGGCCGGGGUCACGGGCCAAUCGCUGCUCUGCGUCUCGCUGCUGUGGCUCGUCUCCGCUCUGAUUGGCCCGUCGGAUGUCCACGUCUGUCUCUGCUGCACCUGAGGACGACGAGUCGGGAGAAGUUUUUCAAAUCGGAUGAGAUGAAGUGAGCGGGGGACCCCCUGUGAGGUCAGAGGUCGGAAGUCAGAGUCUGACUCAGGAUCGGAACCUGAACCUUCACUGUGAUAUAAUCUGUGAUAUUUAUGGAUGAACUUUCUUACAUAAGAUGAAUCUGCUCGUGUCGAUGAACACGAACAUGAUAAAUCAUAAAUCAUCUCCAUAGUGUCGCUUGUUUCAUCUGUCCUGGACGUGUCAAGUGGGCGGAGCUUGUCGCUGAGUGCUCCUCUGAGCAGAUGAUCCUCGCUCGCUUCUGAAUUUCGCUUCUGCAGUUUUUUUUUUUACCCCAUAAAAACAUUAAUCUUCUUAUCGCAUGCGGCUGCGUGUCGUCGCUCGUGUCGUCCUCGUCGCUCGUAGAGACUUUGUCUUUGCUGUCGCCUCCCGCGGACGUGACCUCUGUGCUCAGGGGUCGUGGUGGGUGUGGCCGACAUGUGUUGUAGUGUCAGAGAAGAAAUUAAUAAUCCAUGUUCUUGAUUUUGCAGAUUAUUAUUCUGCUUCCUGCGAACGUCCAUUGAUUUGCUGCGUCGUCUUUCUCCUGGUGAGCGUCUGUAGUUUCUGUGACAGUUGUGACACAUGUUUCUCUGUCAACAUAUAUUUUUUAUAUUAAUAAAAACAUAUUCUGUUGAACUCUUGACUUGUCUCACUGCCGAUGCUCCAGUUAAUCUGCACGUCGGCCCGUUAAUGUGGGAUUAGGACGAACUGUCGGAAGCUCGAGACGAGUGAGCUGCUGUGUUCUAUGAUGAUGAUGAUCAUUUAUUUGAACCUGUAAUUCAUGGAUCAGUAUUAUUAUUAUUACAUUUUAGUCAGUUGUGUUAAAGGAAACUGUAAAAAUAUGUUCAAGAAGAAAAGUGAGAUCUUUUCUUUUCGUGUCACUUCAUAAAUCUGCACCUUUUUGUAUAUUUCACUUCUUUUAUCUGAAAACUUCAGUAACUUUACACAUUUUGAAUUUGAAUUCAGAUUUGUUAAAUCUGGACCAGAUUAACAGGAAGUUUCAAAUUAGGUGAAACUUCAGGUUUGACUCCGCCUCCUCUUCAGGUUCAUGAUGGUUGGUUCAUUUCUUGAUGGGACAUAUCGCUAUGGUAACACAUGACCUGGAGCAGAUUAUGUUUAUAGAGAACAGAUUAACACGUCUAUGAAAACGAAUGGACGGUGAGAAGAUUCUGUUUCCUGUCCAGAUGUUUCACAAAAUUAGAAAAGUUGUUAACUUUCAAAUAUAAAUUAUUUUCACAACAAUAAAUAAAGUUGAGGAGAAUCAGUUGCCCCGUGUUGUUCAGAUUUCUUCUCUCCGACUCGAUCCGACUAACUUCAGCGUCGUCCUGGAAACCUUCUCCUCCACCUGUUGUCGAGGCGAUGUGAACGUGUCGUCACAUUUUUAAUAAAAUAAAAUAAAAAUGAAAACAGAAACACAUCUGUCCUCAGUCAGCCUCGUUCAUCAGACGUUAAUACUGAGGGAUUACGUCUCCGCUCUCACUUGAGUUGAUUGAAAUCCCAAAAUGCAAUGCUGCACCGAGAGGUCGUUCACCUGGAACAUGAAUCACUCUGAUUUGUUUCUAAAACAAUGAGUUGUCAAUUUUAGGAAGGUUUUAAGUUUUUUUAAAAUGCCAAAAGUAUGAAUGCGUCAAAUGAAAUAUAUUCCAGA